AUGAACGAUGGGAACAUUACGCGGAAUUUCUUUGAUAUGACAAGCCAGCGAAUAUGUACCAUGCGAAACAAUGGUGUUUUAGGCUUGACUUCAAAGCGUUUCAACGAUGAUAAAAUUAUGAAUGUUCGAACACGGGAUCGCGGUGAGCCAUCUUCCGUCAAAUUUUCUUCUGAUGGAAGACUUUGUCUUAUGCAAAGAACUACAACCGCUGUGGACAUUAUAUUUCUCGAAAAAACUGAAAAUUCCUUAUGUCUGGAAAUAACGGUAACUGCGAAGUCCAAGGAGCCUUUACUAGCAGUAGAAUGGGUAACAAAUAGUCAGAUUCUUAUUGUCACAAAUCGUAGUGCUGAAUUAGUAUAUAUAAACGAAGAAAAAAAGACGUCAAAAGUGUUGAAGUCAACGAAUGUGAAUGCAUCGUGGGCGAUUUAUUAUGCUCCAAGUCAGUUAUUACUGAUAGCAAAUGGUGUAGGAUGUGCGAACAUCCAGCCAUUAGUUGUAGCACAUUCAAAUUUUACACGACUGAAGAGUUUUGAAGUGGAAUUUAAUGCAUCAAACACAAAGGAAAAUCUUUUAGAAAAAGACGUAACUGUUGCCACAAUUUAUGGAAAAGUGUACGCUAUGGUUCUUCGCUAUAGCGUGAGAAAUGCUUCAACAGUUGAUCUAGUAAUGUACGAGCUUCCAUCAGAUACAACGAGUGCUGCCGUCUUCAAAUAUUCUCUCGUUCUUGGAUUCACUGGAGGAUGUGGAAUUCAUGUAAUCGAUAAUUUAGUCAUUGUUCAUCAUCAAACAACAGCAAAAUCAUAUAUAUUCGAUGUUGCCAUCAAUUCUUUUCGGGUUAAUCAAUCUCCACUGGUAAUUACCUCGAUUGUCGCAAAUCCUCAACAUCAACCUCCUCCGCCACUCUACACAGGACAUUGGUUCACAUUCUUGCCGAAUAUAGUUAUCGAUUCGAAUGGCGGCGUAAUGUACGGAAUCAAAUUGAAAAACGAGAAUUGUAUGCUGGAAAUUGCUGAAAAGAAUAUAAUGCUUGAAUAUUUGGCUCGGCGAAGGGAUGCGAAUAAAUUACUCAUUUCAUCCUUUUUAAGUUGCCUGAAAGCAAGAGCACUAUCAUUGAGACAAAUUCGGAAGAUUUUUAAUCUGUUAUCGUCAAAUAUAUCUGAAAAUAAUUCCGAUGAUUCAGCUCCAAAACCGGUGUUCUCAUGUCCAAAGUUUGAGAAAAUGCAUAUAAGCCAACAGGAAGUUCAGAGUUGUGUUUUAAUACCUUUAAGAGAUGAUGUUUCUUUAAAUAUGUCGUAUGUGGCCAAUGUAAUGCUGCAAUAUCUUCGUUCAUUAUACGAUAACAAUGUCCCAGUUGAGGCAUAUUUCAUCGAAUUGGUCGUCGAAACAUUGGCUGAAGCUGGAGAAAUGUCGAAAUUACAUCAAAUUGUUACUUAUCGGGUUGUGAAUGAUUCGAAACCUCUCGCUUUCCUCCUUCUAUCGUAUGAAGCCAGAUGCUCUACAUUGUUUCAAAGCGGCGUAGAUAUCCUCGCUAGAAAUAAAGCGAACGACGAAAUUGUCGAAGUUAUGUUGGAAAAGAAGCAAAUCGUUGAUGCAUUUAGAUUCAUCGAUGCCAUGAAUUUGAAUGACAGUCUUCUACCGAAAAUUAUUGAAGGUGCUGAUGAAAACUGCUCAGUUCAAACCAAAUAUGCAAUCAAAGAGCACAUGAUCGAGAAAAGAGUUAAAUCAACGCUUCUAACCAAAUUUGAUGAUUUGUACGAAGAGGAAAAUAUUGAGAAAGCGGAAGAUGAAUUGUCCACAUUUACCCUUUAUGAAUUUUAG